AUGAUAGUACUGCCUCAUCCUUAUCCUCCUCUCCUAUCGACCAUCUGGAUUUCGUCAGCACUGGCCUUCGGCCAAUCAGCAACCUCCACGUCGACCUCAAGCAGCGGUGGUUUUGCCGAUGGUGCUGCUAACGGCGGUUCUGCUAACGGUGGUGCUUUCGCUGCUGGUGCUGAUACUGCCGAAGGUGACACUAACGGGCGGAGUAGUGACGGACUCAGUAAUCAACCUGACAAUGCUUCAGCGGGCAGAACGCCAGAGGAGGUGGAAGAGGAGGAGGAGGGGGAGGGGGAGACAGGGGGAGUCAGGAAGGAGGCGGAAAACGCGGAAGACGUCAAAGUCAAAACUGGAGAGGGGGAAGAGCAGGAGGGAGGGGAUGGGGGCGCGAAGGAGGCGGAAGAGGAAGGAGGCGAACAAACUUCAUCAGAGGGGGGAGAAGAGGAGGGGGAAUCUUCACCACUGGCCGACACUCCUGAGAAGCUGGAAAAGUGGUUCAAAUCUUGGCGGGAAAACACUAGCGCGGUUCUACCACCAGGCUUUAAAGACGCCUCUACAAUGGAGGUAGUGGAGUUAGACGAUUGGCCGCCCGUGCCCGUGCCUUUGCCGAACCUGGGGGAGGACGUUCGGGCGGACCCGAGCCUAGAUCCGAACGCCUGGCGCCCGUUUCACGUUAAGGGAACACCGCGUAUAAUCACAGUGUUUUCCGCUGAAUGCUCCCCUUACAUGGAUUGGCAGUCAGUCGCAAUGGCUUAUAGCUUCAAGCGGUCGGGGCAGCCAGGGAAGCUCGUGCGGCUUCUAGCUUGUAACGAGGAUGCUCUUAAGGGGUACAGAGGCCUGGAUAUAGCUCCUACUAUGGUGGUCCCUAAUUGGAGUCGCGGCCCUAGAACGGGUGACUGGUAUCCUGCCAUUAAUAAGCCAGUGGGGGUUAAGUAUUGGCUGGACAACAGUCCCGACGCAAAUGACGUCGAGUGGGUGCUUAUAAUGGACGCGGAUCAGCUUAUAAGGAGGCCGGUGCUGCCCUGGGAGCUAGGGGCGGAGCGAGGUCACCCAGUGUCAGCAAACUACGGCUACCUCAAGGGGUGUGACAACAGCUUUGGCGAGCUGCACAUGAACAACGCCACAUAUUGCGACAAGGUAAGCUGCCCAAUUGUGAUUCUAAUCGACAAGGUGGGCGGAUACAUAGUGAUUCACGUGGAGGACCUGAGGCGCCUGGCGCCCAUCUGGAGCGCCAAGAGUGAGGAGGUGACCAUUCCCUCCUGUGUUCCCUCACUCUCUCCCUCCACACCCACCACACACAAUGACACCCAACCGCACCAAGAGCGAGGAGAUGCGGGCAGAUGUGGAGCACUACACCAUCAACCGCCCUUCUUCCCUUUCAUCCUCCCCCCCCUCCCUCCCUUCAACCGCACCCAACCGCACCCAACCACACCAUGCACACAGGUGGGCGGCUACAUUGUGAUUCACGUGGAGGACCUGAGGCGCCUGGCGCCCAUAUGGAGUUCCAAGAGCGAGGAGGUGCGGGCAGACGUGGAGCACUACACUAUCAACGCCACGGGGGACGUGCACGGGCAGCGGUGGAUCAGCGAGAUGUAUGGCUACUCCUUCGGAUCAUCUGAUGUGAGUUUAAAGCACAUAGCGCUUUGCAUUACACAGGCUGACUGGCCUACCCUUGCUUUCAAUUCACCCCCUUCCUUCUCAAAUCCUCUCCGUCUCUUCCACCCACUCUCCCUUUCCCAGGUGGGUUUGAAGCACAUUAUGAUAGACAGUGCCAUGCUUUACCCAGGUUACGACCCUCCUAAAGGGGUGGAUCCGCGAAUGAUCCACUACGGUCUCGAGCUUAAGGUAUUGGAUUGGCAAUGGGACAAGUCGGCCUACUAUCGCCAAGAAAUGGUCAACACCUGCGGGCAGCAUUUUCCCGACCCGCCGGAAAUUUCUGCGCUGCCCGGAAACCAGACGUAUGAGGAGCGGCGGCGGGAUUUUAUCGUGAUUGAGUGUAUGGCGGUGCUGAACCGGGCUUUAAGGGAGUUUCACAGGCUGAAGAGGGGAUGCUUGGUGGAGUGGGAGAGGGAUGUGGGGAUAAUGGAUUUGGAAAUGAUGGAGCGAGCUGGGCUAGAAAGAGGUUUCCUAGUAGUAAGAGAGCCGAGAGAGGGAGCACGGGCAAGGAAAUUUGGAGAGAGAGGUGGUGCUGGGGAGGAGGGGAAUAUUCCAUCCGACGAAGAUAAUGUUGCUUAUGCUGAUUCAGCCACAAACGAGGAUGAAGGUGGGGAUGGAGAGGCAGGGGAUGGAGAAGAAGAAGAAGACAGCAAAGGAGGGGAAGAGAAGGCAGAAGAGCAAGAUAAACCAGGAGAGGGAGAGAGUAGGGAGGGGUCAGGUGAGGUUGGUAGUGGUACUAAUGGAACCGGUAACCACGGUAACCAAACAAGUAUGAACCAAGGGAAUGAAUGGAGGCGCUUCUUGCAGGGCUAUGGCUACCAGGCAGGUGGGAUUGGUGGUGGGGGGUCGAGGACGGUGGCAGCAGGGGCGUGGGUGUGGAUGCAUGAAGACCAGAGGUGGAUGUACCUGGGGUGGAGUGCAGGUAUGGUGUUACUGUUCUUGGGUGUUACGAUGCGCACUAAGAGGAAGCGCAGGGAUGCUAGCGCAGCCAUGAGGCGAUCCAAGGUCCUACUCGCCCUGCUCGCCCUCUCCCUCGUCGUAUCCCUCGCGCUGGUGCCGUCGUGCCGCGCGAAUGAGACUGACGCGGAAGACGACGCCGACGGUGACGACUUGUCGGACGCCGCCAUUUCUGCCGACGCGUCGCCUCCAGGUCUCGUGGGCCAGCUGUUAGGCGCGAGCAGGCGAUUCCUGUAUUCGCCGCGCAUGCUGUCGUGCCGGUCUGACUGCGAGGACAAGAACAAGAAGUGCAACACUGAUUACAGCGAGUGCAAGCGCGAGAACAAGGACGACAAGCACGACCACCACAAGUGCACGCACACGUACAAGAAGUGCAAGAAAAAGAUCAAGAAGUGCCGCUCCAAGUGCGACUAG